CUCGAUCUCUUUUCCGAUUUCCACUUCUCCUCCUUCAAAACGCCACAUCCCUCGAAGUGACCAUGCCAAACGAACCCGAAACCACAACCCUCCUGGAAUGGAUCAACAGCUUUCCUCUGGGCACCUCCAUUCAGUCCUCAGAUGAUUUAUACGACGGCGUCAUACUCUGGGAGAUCCUGCAGGACAUCGACCCCCACGAGUUCUUGGGCGUGCUUCCAGAGAGUUCACCCGAAGACCACUGGGUGCUAAGAUGGCAGAACCUCAAGCAUUUGCACAAGCUGCUCCUGAAUUAUAUACGGAAUCGAUAUGAUGGAGAGAUACCUGCUGGUCUCUCGACAGACCCAGACCUCAAGUCGAUUGCGGAAACAGCCUCGACGAAAGAGACAAACAGGCUGCUGAAGCUCUUUCUCAUGGCUGCCAUCAGAUCCCCUGGAGCUGAAUCCUAUAUCGAGCGAAUGGUACAACUUUCGACAGCAACACAGGAAGGGCUGAAGGGUAUAAUAGAAGAGGCACAGAACCCUUCACAAGACCGUCUUGACCAGAUAAAUUACGAGCAGGAUGAAUACAAGGCUCGACGUGACUUGGCUAUGGACCCGGAGCUGCAGUUUGAGGAGCGUGUGGGGAAAUUACUAGUUGAGAAUGAUAAACUAUCAAACGAGAAGAAGCAGUUGGAGAAAGAUUUAGAAGAAUACCAUCGAAAGGAUGUACGCCUUCGAGAAGCAAACGAGCUGUUACAGGAUAAACUCAACAUCACUGAGGAGAGGCUGGCAAGACUCAAGUCUGGAAAGGCUGACAUUGGACCAAAUUUCAAGGGCUACGAACACAGGACACAGGACAUCAUUGCUGCACAGGAGACUAAACUCACAGCUGCCCAAGAUGAAAUUGAUAGCCUGAGAAUAUCGCUUGAGACUCUUCGUGUUAAGAACCAGAAGUUCCAAACUCUGCAGGACGAAUAUGAUGAGAUCAAGAUUGAGCGGGACCAGCUUGCUAGAAAGGCCAAUGCUGCUGAGAAAUACAGACAGAAACUACAGGCCAGCCAAGAUUAUGAGAAAGAAAACCAAGUGCUGAAGAAUAAGGUCAAGGAUCUCCAGCAGCAUUUGAAAGAAAGUGAUACCCUUCAACGAGUCUCUGCGGCCCGGGAAGCAGAGGUUGAGAACUACAGACGACUUGUUGCUCGUGUCGAGCAGGAUCGACAUGAGAUCCAAGACCUAAAGAAGAAACUCGAGUUCGAUAAUCAUGCUCUAACCGAACGACUACUAGGUGCCGAAGAACAGCGUACCCGGGACGAAGAUACGAUUGGUAGGCUACAGGAAAGAAUAAAAGAGCUGGAAGGCCUUGAUAGUAGUCCAGCAUCUCCCAGACCUUCUACCCCCAAGCAUCACGGUUCUAGCCUAGAACGGGAUCUGGAAGAAAGCGGCAAGCGAGAGGCCCGAUUAAAUGCUGAGAACGAGGAACUCAAGAAGAAGCUUGAAACUAUUGCUACUGUUGACAAGACCAUUCCUGAUGUCCCUGAUGACGCUGAAUCCGAGGCACGUGCUGAGAGGAAAUGGAAGGAAGAAUUCUACCAAUGUCCCCUUCAGACGGAUGCCGACCUUAAAGAGGCUCACCAGCGCUUACACGUCGACUACACUAUCAUGCGAACCAAGAUUGUGGAGCUUGAAGGCCUGCUUGAGGCUACCAAACUUGAGCUCUCCGAUGCUAACAUGAAACUGAGCCUUGUCAACAAGGAUAAACUUGAAAUGGUGAAUGAGGCGACUGAGGUUAAUUCAGUAGAACAAACGGCAUUACGGGAGAAAUGUGCUGUCUUGGCUGUCACCGUCCGAACCCUCACCAGUCAACUUGAAGUCCGACAGCUGCAGAUCAAUGAAAUAUCUCGCGAGCGAGACAAUCUCAGAAACACAUUCAAGCAAUCCGACACCAAGCUUUCCACAGAAGGUGAUGCAUCUCUCGAGGAGAUGAAACAGCUCCUCGAAGAAGCCAAUGUCCGGGUCAACGACACAACGGAUGACGACAUGACAAAUGAGUUUUUAGAGCGACUUGCGGAAACAACCGAGCGCAGUGCAGAACACCUUGCCAGGAGAGCUGAGCAUAUGAACCAACAAAAUGAUAUUAUCGAAUCUUUGCAAGAGCGGAUUAGGCACUACGAGCAGUUCUCUGCGGAUCAGGAGGAAAUCAAAGCUAGUAAGGAGAAAGAGACUGAAUUGAUGCAAAUAAUUCAUCGACAAGCACGAGAAAUCGCCCUCAUUUCUUCCGCAUGGUACGACUUCCAGUCACGGCUACAGAACGGCAAUAUUGUGCUUUCUCGACACCGCGGAGCAGCGGGUGCAAGCGCACACCAUGCAGAAACCAAUCGCACCUGGCUAGGCAAGCAGAGAGCCCUGGUUGUCCCGAAAGCUGGAGGCCGGUAA